AUGAAGAUUAAAACUAUUAGGAGAAGUGCUGAUGACUAUGUCCCUGUUAAAAGUACUCAGGAAUCACAAAUGCCCAGGAAUCUGAACCCUGAAUUGCAUCCUUUUGAAAGAGCACGUGAAUAUACCAAAGCUUUGAACGCUACCAAAUUGGAAAGAAUGUUCGCUAAACCUUUUGUGGGACAAUUAGGAUAUGGUCAUAGAGAUGGUGUUUAUGCUAUUGCCAAGAAUUACGGUAGUUUAAAUAAACUGGCCACAGGUUCCGCAGAUGGUGUAAUUAAAUACUGGAACAUGUCGACGAGAGAAGAGUUUGUCUCCUUUAAGGCUCACUAUGGGCUCAUUACUGGUCUUUGUGUUACACAGCCUCGUUUUCAUGACAAAAAACCAGAUUUAAAGAAUCAAAACUUUAUGUUAUCUUGCAGUGAUGACAAAACCGUUAAACUAUGGUCGAUAAACGUUGAUGACUUUUCCAAUAAAAGCUCCAGUGAUAAUGAUUCAGUUACUAACGAGGAGGGCUUGGUCCGUACUUUUGACGGGGAAUCCGCAUUCCAAGGUAUCGACUCACACAGAGAAAAUUCCACGUUUGCCACAGGUGGAGCCAAGAUUCAUCUAUGGGAUGUUAAUAGAUUGAAGCCGGUUUCUAACCUUUCAUGGGGAGCAGAUAACAUCACUAGUGUUAAAUUCAACCAAAGUGAAACCGACAUCUUGGCCAGUACUGGUAGUGAUAAUUCAAUUGUUCUUUAUGAUCUGAGAACAAACUCUCCGACACAGAAGAUUGUCCAAACAAUGAGGACGAAUGCUAUUUGUUGGAAUCCAAUGGAGGCUUUUAAUUUUGUGACUGCCAAUGAAGAUCAUAAUGCCUAUUAUUAUGAUAUGAGAAAUCUAUCGCGUUCAUUAAAUGUAUUUAAGGAUCACGUCAGCGCAGUAAUGGAUGUUGAUUUUUCUCCUACGGGGGAUGAGAUUGUUACUGGUUCAUAUGACAAGAGUAUUAGAAUAUAUAAAACAAAUCAUGGACAUUCAAGAGAAAUCUAUCAUACGAAGAGAAUGCAGCAUGUCUUCCAGGUUAAGUAUUCCAUGGAUGCCAAGUAUAUUAUCAGUGGAUCUGAUGAUGGGAAUGUUAGAUUGUGGAGAAGCAAAGCUUGGGAAAGGUCAAAUGUUAAAACUACCCGUGAGAAAAAUAAGUUAGAAUAUGACGAAAAAUUGAAGGAAAGAUUUAGACAUAUGCCAGAAAUCAAAAGAAUCAGCAGACAUAGACACGUGCCACAAGUCAUCAAAAAGGCUCAAGAGAUUAAAAAUAUUGAGUUGAAUUCUAUAAAGAGAAGAGAAGCGAACGAAAGACGUACCAGAAAGGACAUGCCAUUCAUUUCUGAAAGAAAGAAACAAAUCGUUGGCACCGUCCACAAAUAUGAUGAUUCAGGAAGGGACAGAAAAAGAAGAAAGGAAGACGACAACCGGGAUGUUCGAGAAGAGUAA